UGAUCCAAUCAGUGGUGUGUCAUAUCCGUUUUGUUUGUUGCUACAAAGGAAACCUGGAGAAGUUGGAUGCCAAAAAUAAAAACCUGGAAGAACAGUGGCAAAAACUCUAUGAUGAAGUUGAUAAUUACAGGAAACUUGGUGACGACAUUGAGGCUAAUGUUUCAAACUGGCAAACAGAGGCGGACAAGAUGAUAAGAGAAGUUGAAGAAUUUGUGAACCACAAAACCAAUAAGGAAUGCAUGCAAUGCUUUAAAUUUUCAUGUCCCGACUACAUCUCAUGCUACAAAUUGAGCAAGGAAGCAGAAAGGAAUAUUGGUGAUAUGAAGAAUCUCACUCAAAAAAGAAAGUUUGACAAAGUUUCAUGCCCUAAGCCACCUCCUCCGGAACUUUUAUUAUCAUCCAGUGCGGAGCUUGUGAGUAUGGAUUAUAUGAGUUUCGAUUCAAGAGAAUCUGUUUUCAACAAGAUCAUGGAUGCGUUAAAAGAUCUCAAUGCUUGUAAGAUUGGGGUACAUGGACCAGGAGGGGUAGGUAAGACGAAAAUGGUUAAAAAGGUCAGCAAACAAGUGAAAAAUGAUGGACUUUUUGAUGAAGUUGUGAUGGCAGUUGUCUCUCAGGAUGCAAAUGUGAGCAAAAUCCAAUUGCAGUUGGUUGGGGGUUUGAAUCCAAAACCUGAUGUAGUGACAAUUACUGAUGACCAUGAGAGAGCAAAAAAAUUGUGGCAGAGAUUGGACAAUGGGAAGAAAAAUCUAAUAAUAUUGGAUGAUAUUUUCCAUGAACUAAACUUGACCACAAUAGGUAUUCCUAUUAAAGAUAGGAACAAAGUUGUGAUAAUGUCUCGAAAUUGA